CCUCAGCCGACGGGGAAGCUGGUAGGCUCGCAGGGCUCUCGUCGGCGGGACGCGCGGGGCCGGGUGAUUUGCCUAAGUGAAAGGGAAGAGAACUCGGAGCACCCCGGUAACAGUUCCAAGCAUGCGUAGAACCGGGCGUCUGGAAGCCCGGAAAGCCUAAAGAGAAAAUUUGUAAACUUGGAGGCAGCAGUAGUUAGGAUUCAGGCCAAACUGGUAAAAGACGGAGGGGCGUCUUCCAAAACCGAGGAGAAAGGGGUGUCCGGGUAAGUCCGGCGGAUUGUGGAGAGGCGGCCCCGACCCGUCCUUCCUCUGGCUCCUCUGAAAGGCUGGGUUGGGGGCGCUCCUCCGAACCCCGGUCAGCGGCUCGGCUGGGAGUACGGUGGGAGCGCCGCCUGGCCGCGGUCCGGCCGUGCUUGCUUGACCCCCGGCCGCCCGGCGCUCGCUCCUCUCCGCCGAGGCCGAUGGCCCCUGGAUGUUCUCCCGGGCACCCUGGGGGCGAACGGCCACGCCCCGGUCCAGGCCCAGGCAGGCGGAGACUAGCCGGGAUGUUCCUUUUUCAGUGUUGUGCUCUGGACAUACUUCCCUUAAGGCGUUGUGGUUAUUUAGUCUUUCCCCCCGCGCCGGCCUCUACUGUAAAUCCCUCCCCCUCAGUAAAUACCGGAACUGACGAAGUUUUAAGUUUCUUGGCGUAGCGUUCAGUGCUGUUCUUCCCCAGACAUUAACCGACCUCUCAGGUCUUUACACAGCUCUUUCACUGAGUACAUUAGUCCAAUACUCAAUUUCUUAUAUUCCACAGUCUUCCCUUGUAGGUGGGGGAACGUGGCAUUUACCGCUGCGCUGCUUCACCCCCAAAUAGAUGACAAUUGUCUGGGCUCCAGUAAUGAAUUCCUUCUGUGGAAGUGACCUUUUGCUUCUAAAGAGAAUCAAAUGUAUCUUAUUCCCAUGGUGGCCCUUGCCAUGGUGGCCCUUGUCAUGGCACAGUGAAAAGUAGGACCUGGUCAAAACAGACAAAAACAGCACAACAUCUAGUCUUAAGUGGUCCUUGUUGGUAAACAGUGGGGAACACUUGGGUGGUUUCUGGUCAAUGUCACUUCCUUUAGGAAGCCCUCCUUGAUGCUCAAUAUUAGGUAAGGUAUUUAUUUAUGUAGUCCUGUAGCUUACGUUAACUUGGCCUGUCCUUGUCACGUUGUUGUAAUUCUCUUUUCAUCUCUUGUCUCACUUUGCCCUAAUAAAAUCCUUAAAUGCAGGGCUUUAUCACUCAUUAUUGUAUCUAGCAUCUAGAGUUCCUGGUGUACAUAGUAGGUAUUUAAUAAACACUUAACUAUAAGUCUGGCGUAUAUUAUGCUUCAAAGUUUAUGCUAAAUUCAUAUGAAAAUAAAACUGAAGAGAGAAUAAAAAACCAGCAUUAAUUAGUGAGAUUAGGUGGAAAUCCCAUACAGUCCAAUCUUGAACUGAAUUAAACCAUUUACCUAUCUUUAUGUGAAAAUAGUCUUGUAAGUGGGAGCUGGGAAACUUAAAAUAUUUCUCAUUUUGUUGUUAGUUUUUUCCUAAUGUUUUUGCUUAAAACUGAAAUAAAAUUGGAAAACUGUUGGUUUAAUAAAAUGUGUAUUUUUGCAUAAAUCAAACCACUGACCUCUUUUUAUGUUCUUUAAAAUUUGAUUCAUUAGUGGAAUUAGCAAGGCUCUGUGCUUUUCUCACCUCAUUCAGUUUUAUAAUUAACCAAUAAAAGCUUAUUAGCUUUUAAGGAAGUUUUAGGAGCAUAAAUUGAUUUAUGGGCACCAUAUGGUUACAUCAAAGGAUUUGUUUUAUUUUAACCUGUAGUGAAUUCUUGAGGGCUUUUUUAAACUAGAAAUUUGUGUUCUUUCUGUCAAGCAGUAGUAUCUAGAAUAGACUGGUUUUAUUUUAGUACAAGCUACCAAAAUUGGUCAGGAGGUUCAAAGAAUAUCAGAAUCCUAUAGUUCAUCUGGUUUAGUACCUCCCAUUUUGUAGAUGGGUUAAAUGUCUUUCCAAGGUCAUACAGCUUCAGUAUUCUAUCCAAGACCAAAAUCCUAGGUUUCUAAUUCCAAGUCUAAUGCUUUUUCAGUAAACUAAAUAAAUUGAAGUCACUAAUAGGUUAUAAAGUUAUUUACUGUGGGUUGUUAUGACUUUGCUGAUUCAUAUAAAUAUUCUUGUGUCACAUUAAUUCUUAAGAAUUGUUAAUAUGUUAAGGCAACUUCUUUUUAUAUGUAAUAAUAUACUGAUGGCAUGAUCAGAUUGAUGUCAGUAAAAGUACUACAUUAUGAAGAUGGGAGUAGAGACUCCCCACAUCCCACACCACGAUUUUUUCAAAUUGUAUCUUAUUGAAAAAUAAGAGAAAAUUUUGCGUAGUUGUGAGAGACUUUGAUAUAUGUUGUGUUUAAUGAUAUAUGUUGUGUUUAAUGCAGAGCUAUAUUCAAGUAACCUCAAGCUGAUGAUCAUGACCUCAUUCAUCUGUUCUAUCUUCCAGUGUAGUUGUACUUGAAUAUCUUAAAAGCUGUGGCAUUCUAUCCCUUUUUGGAACAUUAUAUGCUUUUACAAUGUUACUGUUGAAGCUUAAUGUACAGAGGAAGCACUGAAGCAAAGAAAAUGGCAAGGAAUGGAAAACAAUAGAUCCCAGGAAUAGACAUUUAGGAAUAACUGCAUUCUUAGAACAUGAUGUUAUUUUUCAUAAAAUAUACAUUUUACAUAAUUUUGCCCUUUCUGGACUAUUGGGUAUUUUUAAUAUAUUCUGUUCUUAGGAAUGAUUUUUCAACAUGCAUUCUAAAUUUAACUGAUUUAGAUCAUAGAUCUAAAUUUAACUGAUUUAGAUCAUAGAUCUAAUGAAGAUAAUCCUAAAAUAAUAUUUUAAAAUAAUGUAUUACAUGUAGAACCCUUACGUAAUUUUAUGUAUUUUUUUUGUUUUUGUUUUGUAACUGGCUCUAAGAUAGCACCAUAAAUGAAGAAGUAAAUUAAUAUAAUAAACAGAAGGAAUAGAUGCACAUGUGACAAACAGGCAGAUGAUGAUCUUAGUAUGUUUUAGGUUUUUAAAUAGGAUUUUAGGCUUCUAGAAGGAGAAUGAUUGUGUAGGAGAGGAGGGUAGUAAAAAGUGGAAGCAGGGAGGCGAUUUGGAAGACUGUUAAAGUUUGUCUAUAGGCAACGCCAGAGUUCUAUCAACUAGAAAUGGGGAUUUUGGGUAUAUCUUAAAGGUAGAGGAUUUCCUGAUGGAGAGGGCAUUGGAGAGCUGAGUAAAAAGAAGAAUCGAGCACUGCUAGGUUUAUGGCCUAAGCAACUGGAAGUAAAACAGUUUUGAGGCGAGGUGGUGGAAUCAGGAGUUAAAUGCAUAUUAUGCAUCCCCAUGAAGGUAGAGUAGGGAAUUUGGUAUUCUAGUUAACAGCCCGGGGAGAUGUCAGGUAAGUGGGAUAAGUAAUAAGAGGGAGACUGGUGAAGAGCUCAUUAUAGAGUCUUCAAAGGAGACUCAACAAAAAUGUCCUUUCCAGUGUAGUCUGCCUUUGCCUCUAAAAAUAUUCUUCCUCAAAUCUUCCUGCUCACUUUGCAGUUCCCAUGCCCACUCCCAACCCUUUUAAUAUGUUGCUUGGCAUAGUUCUAAUUUGUUAUUUUUUAGUUAAAAACAGUGAAGGCUUUAUAAAAUCUUGUAAUUCAAGAAGUUCUAACAAGUUCGUUAGUGUAAAGUUAGAGAAAAAAGAUUUUGGGGGGCAUGUCAUAGAAGCUAGCUCCUAUUAAAAUGUUCCCUUGAUUCCUAUCAUUUAGAGAAAAAAGUGAGGAAAAAAAUAUUUCACAGUAUCAGGAAUUCUACCAUGAUGCUAAUGAAAGAAACUGAGCCAAGCAUUACUCUUUGGGGAGCACAAAGAGACCCUCCUCUUUGAAAUCCAUUUCAAUAGCUACAUGGGGACUGUAGGGUAAAGUAUCAAAGUCUUUUUAAAAGCUUUGAGAUAGAUUUUAAAAUAUGGUGACCAAAAAGAUUGGCAAUGAAAGAGACAGUUUUCUGGAAAAUACAGCAUCACUUAGGAAAAAUGGAGAAGAAAACACUUUAGUUCAGAUAUAGUAACUCAAAUUUUGCUUUCUGGGAACCAACAGAUAAUUCUGUUGUUCUGUUUGCCUACAUGGUUCAUAACAGUUGUGUUUAAGUAACUGUGGUUACAACUUUGUAGCCUUCUCUCUCAUUUUAAUACAGGAAGAGCCAAAAUGGGUGUCCUAGGUAGACAUUACUGAUAACUGUUCAGCUACCAGUGCUGGCGGUUCUGUAACCUAACUGUGGAUGCUCGUUCUUUAAAUCAGGUUUAUGCUGCCAAAAGAAAAUAAAAUGGCAUGAAGAAUUAAGUUUUAAAUGUAAUAAUCAUGUUAUAUUAAAAAUAUUAUUAGGUUGCCUGGGUACCUUAGUGGGUUAAACAUCUGCCUUUGGCUCAGGUCACCUAUCCCAGGGGCUUGCAAUGGAGCCUCUAAUCUGGCUCCCUGCUCAGCAGGGAGUCUGCUUCUCCCACUGCCCCUCCCCCCUGUUCCUGUACCCUCUCCCCCUGCCCCAAUAAAUAAAUAAAAUCUUUAUAAAACAUUAUUUAUGGGCUUAGUUGAAAGCCCUCUUGGUCUUGCUUAAGGGAUCCAAUCUGUGGAAUUUUAAUGUUUUAAUAGAAUCAGUUGUAGUCUUAUUUUUUCUCAUGCUUGGCAGCCCUAGUGAAUAAUAUUUCAUUAAAUUCUUUAAAAAAAUGUUCCUAAUAUGCUUGAAAUAUUUAGAGGACUUCAGUUUGUAAAAUCAAGACUCUACCUCAUCAGCGGCUCUCAUUUUUUUUCUACAACCUUCAGAAGGAAUAUAAUCUGCAUUCCAGUCCUUUACAUAAAUGUGGUUUAUCUGUGCCAUCAUAAACAACACUGCACUAGAUGGGAAUCUUCAGUCAUUAUUACUUACUUAGAUAUGUGUAGUCAACUCAUGUCAUGAAGCAUUAGAGAUAAGACUGGAAGGAAGGAACCUGUGAGCAGGAAAGGCCAGAGGGAAAAAUGAGCCUUGUUUAAGUCCACAUGACUAGCUCCUAGAGAAUCUGAAGAAAACGGGAGAAUGUGAAUCACUCAUCCCUAGAAGAGCCAUACUCAAGUCAGAUUUGAUACGAGGUACUUACAAAUUUGCAGAAACUUGCUUUUUAAUUUGACCCAUAAACUAUAGUCAUAUUUGAUCUCUUAAUAUUUAGGCAAGAAAUAAACCACCUAAAGAUUUCUAGUUUUAUUUCCCCAAACUUUAUAGAUUUUUUUUUAAGAUUUUAUUUUUUAUUUGACAGAUAGAGAUCACAUGUAGGCCGACUGAUGGGCAGAGAGAAGGGGAAACAUGCUCCCCGCUGAGCAGAGAGCCCCAUGCUGGGCUCAAUCCCAGGACCCCUGAGAUCAUGACCUGAGCAGAAGGCUGAGGCUUAAUCCACUGAGCCACCCAGGUGCCCCUAUUUCCCCAACCUUUUACAGAUACUUUUUUUUGAACUUUUUUUAAAUUUGAAGAAUAAUGUAUGCAUAUGAUUAUUAAAAAAACAAAGGUGUGUACUUUGAAGAGUAAUUCUUCUUCCCCUUCCUAAACUAUAGUCAUCCCUGAUACAUAACCUAUUUUUCAUUUGAAAAAUGAAAACCUCUUUUCAUUUUAAAACUUGGGAGACUAUACAAGUAGAUCUAUCCCAUUUUUUUUUUUCUGUUCUUUUUGAACGUGCCAUAAUUUAUUAAGGUACUCCUUGGUGGACAUUUGUUUCUUCUUAUUGUUUUACUAUUGUAAACAAUGCUACAGUUGAUAUCCUUUUAUAUAAAUCUCACAGCUCUAAGAGCAUAUCUUAAAUUCCUGGGAGAGCUUUUGCUAAUCAGAAGAUAACCUGCAUUUAAAAUUUUGACAGCUAGAGUCAGGGUCAUAUUUAAAUGAAAUAUAACUUUCCUCCAGAGAGAGAAAUUGCAGAAUUUCCUUCAGUAACCAUCCAUUCUGGUACACUCAACUUGAAUCACAAAUAAAAGGAAAGCAAAACUGUAAACAAAAAUGUCCCUCCCAAACUUUCUACUUCUGAAUUUUAUACAUUCUGAUAUUUAAGACUAUGAAAGUCUUAUUUCCUUUCAUAAUAACUUAGAAAAUACAUGUGUCUCCACUCUGUCCAGAAUUAACUACAACUUUUCACAUUAACAGAGAUAAAACCUUAUCUUCGAAUCAAUGCCACAAUGCAACAUUGAACCAGUGGGGCUGCUUAUGUGAAAUAAACUACCUAAUUCCUUAUACUUUGCAUUUAACGAUGUGUAUUUUUUCUUUGUAAAGUGACAUAUCAGCAAAUAUUGGAUCAAUUCUUCAUUAAAAAAAUUAAUACACAAAAUACUACUAAAAGUGGCCCUGGCCACAAUAUAAAAUUAAGAUUCAGAAAAGUGCAGAGACAAUAACAACAGCCCAGCAUUUGUUUUCUUUGCAACUAUGUAUAAUUUGAGAAAAUUUGCUUUUGCUGUGGAAUCUGUUAAAGGAACAGACAACACGGUAUUUUUUAUUUAGAAUGGGUUUGCAUUGGUUUGUGUUUUGCAUAGUGAUAGGCUUUUGUAGUAUUUUUUGUAUGCUACCUGUGUUUCUGGAAUGAAUUAAGGUCAUUAUUCAGAGGAUGAUAAUCUCAAUUAUGUUUAUAGAGUGAGACUGAAUCAUCAUUGCAAAUACUACAUAAUACGCUCAUCAAAUAAUAACAAAGUAAGAGAAAAACAGAUAUAGGUGUUUAAUAAGGAAAAAAUAGACGAUAGAAAAUACCAAAGCAGGUUAGAAUAGCAGGGUUUAAGUCAAUUUUGGUUUUAAAAUGCCUUGUAAAACUGAAGAGUUUAAAAGUUUUCUUUCAAUAGUGGCAGUAUAGGUGAUUUUAAAUUUUUUUGUUCUUUCAAAGAUUUUUUUUUUAAUUUUCUACGAUAAACAUGUAUGACUUUGCAAUUUGAAAAGUCAACUUUAUAAAAAGAUAAUUUCAUAUGCCUCCAACUCCAUUUUAUGCCCCCCCAUUUUCCAUUGACCUAGUGUUUUUGCCUUAAUUUACUUAUUUGCAUGCUUCUUUGCAUUUGUUUUCUUGUAUUUCCUGAUUAUGAUAGAAUACUAGUCCUAUUCUUGCUUUAGGUAUGUAAAUCAAGGAAUGAAUUCUCAAGAAGACAAAUAUGAUUUAUAGCAUCAUCGCUGGUACCCAUCUCUGCAUUUGUUAUUGCUUGUUAACAGCUGGAACAAAGCCAAUUACUACCAUUUGGGUUUUUUUUUUCCCCUUUUAUCUUCUAAAUUUCAUGCAAUCUUAAUAUAGCCAUGUAAGAAACGUUAUUCUCAACCACUGCUAAAGAGAACAUAGACAAGAAGAGAGAAUGAGGAGGGAUAAGACCAUUGACAUUUGGAUUCCAUUAAAUUUAAAAAUAACGUUAUUUUUCAGUACUCCAAAGAAACACGUAUUUGGUGAGGAGUGGAUUUUUAAGGACAAAUCCAGCAUGGUACCAUUUGCAAAUAACUUAAUCCAUUAGUUGCAUCAGUAUUUUCGUAGCUAGUAGGGAAAUUACCACCACUGUUAAGGUUUCAGAUGUUCUUGAAGCAUUCCAAAAAGCUGAAGGAAAUAAGGAGAGUUCUCUAUUUGUGAAUUAUCCUAAACAAACAUAGAAUAUAUUCUGUGAAUUUCUGUUCUGAGCUCCUGUGUCUUUAACAAUCCAUAUUAUGAAGUGUGUUUCAGAUAACAGCAGGCGAUCACCAGAAUGGGCGUGAAUGACUUAUGGCCAAUUUUGGAGCCUGUAAAGCAGCACCUCCAGUUGCAUAAUCUCUGUGGGAAAACCAUUGCAGUUGAUCUGAGUCUCUGGGUAUGUGAAGCACAGACAGUCAAAAAAAUGAUUGGAACCGUCAUGAAGCCCCACCUCAGGAACUUAUUUUUUCGUAUCUCCUGUUUAACACUGAUGGAUGUAAAACUGGUGUUCGUUAUGGAAGGGGAGCCCCCAAAGCUGAAAGCUGAUGUCAUAAGCAGGAGGAAUCAGAUUCGAUAUGGGCCUUCAGGAAAAACAUGGUCUCAGAGAACAGGGAGAUCACAUUUUAAAUCAGUUUUAAAAGAGUGCCUUGAUAUGCUGGAUUGCUUAGGAAUUCCCUGGGUCCAAGCUGCUGGGGAAGCGGAAGCCAUGUGUGCUUAUCUUAAUGCCAGUGGUUACGUAGACGGCUGCCUCACUGAUGAUGGGGAUGCUUUCCUCUAUGGCGCCCAGACUGUUUAUAGGAAUUUCACUAUGAAUACCAAGGAUCCACAUGUUGAUUGUUAUACAAUGUCGUCUAUUGAGAGUAAACUAGGUUUAGAUAGAGAUGCUCUGGUUGGACUAGCUAUACUACUGGGCUGUGAUUAUCUUCCAAAGGGAGUCCCUGGAGUUGGCAAAGAGCGAGCAUUAAAGCUUAUACAGACUUUGAAAGGGCAAAGUCUACUUCAAAGGUUUACUCAGUGGAAUGAAGAAUCACCCUCUGAUCCACAACCACUAGCUAUUAAAACACCGGCCCAUUGUUCUGUGUGUUCCCAUCCAGGUUCAUCUAAGGAUCAUGUACGUAAUGGAUGCAGACUCUGUAAAACUAAUCAGUAUUGUAAGCCGCAUGAUCAUGAAUACUGCUGUCCUUGUGAGUGGCACAGCACAGGGCAUGGCAGACAACUGAGCGCCAUAGAGAACAGCAUUAAGAAAAAAGCUUGCAGUUGUGAGGGAUUCCCAUUCCAUGAGGUUAUUCAAGAAUUCCUUCUGAACAAGGAUAAAUUGGUGAAAGUAAUCAGGUACCGAAGACCUGAUUUAUUGUUGUUUCAGAGAUUUACUCUUGAAAAAAUGGAAUGGCCCAAUCACUAUGCAUGUGAGAAAUUGUUAGUGCUUUUGACCCACUAUGACAUGAUAGAAAGAAAGCUUGGUAGAAGGAAUUCUAAUCAACUACAGCCAAUUCGAAUCGUUAAAACGCGGAAAAGAAAUGGAAUUCAUUGCUUUGAAAUAGAAUGGGAAAGGCCUGAGCAUUAUGCUGUGGAGGAUAAACAUGGAGAAUUGGUUCUACAAACAAUAGAAGAAGAAUCAUUGUUUGAAGCAGCUUAUCCUGAGAUUGUUGCUGUUUAUCAAAAACAAAACUUAGCACUGAAAGGGAAGAAACAAAAAAGCAUGAAAAUUAAGUCUAAAGAAAACAGUUGGCCAGAAUCAGAUAAUGUGAUGGGUUUCCAAUCACAGAUGACUUUAAACCCCACAUGUGAAGUCUUUUCUAUGCCGAAUUCCAACUUAAAUUUGGAAAUUAUCCCUGAUUGUGCAUUACCCCAGAAAUCUAUUUCUGCAUCAUUGAAUAGCUUGAUUUUACCUGAAGAUACUCCCUGUUUGAAUACACAAGAGCAUUUAAUGUCUUCUCCAAGACCUUUGGCUAUGCAGCAAGUUACAACUGUCAGUAAGUCUCUACUUCCAGAAGCUAGUCAACCUAGGACUUCAUCCCAUAACAUAUCAGCGAUUGCUGAUCUACAAUUAAGCACUAUUGACUGGGAAGGUACUUCUUUUACUAAUUCACCAGCUAUUCCAAGGAACACUUCCCCUUGUGGUUUAAAAUCAGAACUUGAAACAGCCAUCCCUGAAAAUUUUAAAAGUUUCCCAGAAGAAUUAUCAUGUAAAUCAGAAUGGGGUACCACAAACAUUAAUAAAGUCUUGGAUCAGGAUCUUCAAAAGGUUAAUCCUGAAGAGCAUCUACUUUCUGGCAUUACUCAUUUACAUCUUCAGGAUUUGCCUUUAAAGGAACGAAUACGUAUAAAAUCAUCCUAUCCUCAGGAUAAUGCACAACCAAAUGUUGACCUGAAAACUCCGUCCCUAAGUACCACAAAAGAAUCUUUUAUUGCUAAGAGUGGUUCUGAUUGUCCAUCACAUCCUUCAAAGGAUCUUCUAGGAAUUCAUUUGCAAAAUGAAUCUAGACAAUCUAAAGUUAUAAAAGGAGAUCAGCUAUUUCAAGAAAACUAUAAAGUGAAUACUUCUAAAUCUUACUCUGUCAACAACCCAGUAGUAAAGACCUCCAGUGUUAGAGUUGGACCAUCAAAUACUGCUUUAGAUCAUAGUAGAAAAGGUGAUGUGCAAACCACUCAGAAAAGUGUAAUGAAGAAAAGCGUUUGCCUUGACAGACAUUCCUCUGAUGAAGAGAGUGUCCCAGUGUUUGAGAAAGCUAAAAACACAACUCAGAAAAUGAAGCCCAGUUCUCAGCAGCAUAACCCAGCCGCAUUCAAGAAGGAUGGUGCCAACAAGUUGAAUAACUCUAAAAUAUAUAUUAAAGAAACUGAACAGUGUGUCCAGGCUUAUAAAGCAGCUGGAAAUGAAGAGGACUGUUUCCCAGAUGCCACUAAAGGUUCUCUGAAUUUUCUACAGUGUCAUAAGGACAGAGGUGACUCUGGAACUUCUCUGGAUAGUCUUCUUCCUUUAAGGGAAAGAUUAAAACUAAGGUUCCAAAAUUCUUGAAAUAGAAUUAAAAAUAUUUAAGUAUAACUUAGUAUUUUAGGAUCGUCAGCACUAGCAGAGGCAGAAUCUCUACAUUUGGCAUAAAAAUGUAAUGUGGUUCUGUGUAUCCUGAGACACCUUUUCCAUUUUAAUUAAAUUUAUAAUUAAAAAUAUUGUCUAAAACUUUGGUUUUAAAAGGUGAUCCUUGUGUUUAAAACUUAGGAUAAUGUAUAUUUGUAAAACAUACUUUUGCCAUUUUUUAUAUCUUUAUUAAUUUUUCUUUAAAGUUUUAAAAUGUUAGUACAGUACUAGAGUAAAUGUUUCAUCCACUUGCUCACUUUUGUUCAUUUCUUCCACAAACCUCUAAAGUUUUCAUUUAUAGUUAAGCUUGUUACCAUGAGGAUAAUUCUUUGUAAUUGCCUACACUCCCUCAGUGUCUUCUGUUGUGCCUUUCCUGAGAGUUUUAUUUUCUCUCAAUAUGAAGGAACAGUUAGUGUGCUCUUACAGUGUUGGUUACCUUACUCUCUUUGUGAAGGGCAAAAAUGGAAAAGGAGGAAGAUUCUCAGUAUAAUCAGUAAAAAUUAUAAUUGUAAUGGCUGAAAAACUUGAGGAAAGCUAUUUCUUACAUAACCCCAGGAAUCACAGAUAUGCCAAAUGGAAGAUUUUCAAUAUAGAAUAUAGAAUGAUAAGAGACUUAGAAAUUUGCUCAGGAUCACACAACUAAUUAAUAAUGGUGUGGGAACCAGAAUUCUUGCCCCCUAAUUUAUUGGCUUUUCUGUUUUCCUUUUUUUCAUAGCACUUUUUUUCUUUUUAAAAGAUUUUUGUAUUAUGUGGACUUCAAUAACUCUAAAUAUUAAAUUGCGCAUUAGUUUAUUUGACAUUCAAAAAGUCUAGGGUAACCGGACUGGAAAGUAAAAAGUAAAACUUGCUAUUUGCAGAUGACAAAGUAUUUAUAUACAAAAUUCUAACAAACCACUAGAAACUGAGAACUAAUAAAUGAUCCAGCAAGAUUGCAGGUUACGAGAUCAAUAUACAAACAUCAAUUAUAUUUCUUACAUCUACAAUGAAUAAUACUAAAUGAAAUUAAGAAAAUUCUGUUCACAAUAGCAUCAAAAAGGAUAAAAUACUUUGGAACGAGUUUAACGAAAGAAAUGCAAAAUGUACACUCUGAAAACUACAAAAUAUUGUUGAAAGAAAGAAAACCUAAAUAAAUGAAAAGACAUCCCAUGUUCCUGGAUCAAACAACUUGAUAUUAAGAUAUUUCCCAAACUAAUUUAUAGAGUCAAGGCUGUCUACAUCAAUUUUAGCUGAUUUCUUUGCACAAAUGGACAAGCUGAUUCUAAAAUGAUUAUGGAAAUUUAAGGGACAGAAAAUAGGCAAAACAAUUUAAAAAAAUUAUGGGAGGACUUGCCUCUCCUGAUUCUGAUUUCAAAACUUACUACAAGUUUUCAGUAAAGAAGAAUAUGUUGUAGUGGCAUCAAGGUACACAUAUAGAUCAAUGGGAUAGACUUGAGGGAAAAGAUGUAUCCUCUAAUAUUUAUGUACAAUUGAUUUUCAGCCAGAGUACCAACACAUUAUACAUUUUCCCCUCAAUGGGGAAACAGUAUUCUUCCAUCAAAUUCUACUGGCACUACUGGAUAUCUAUAUGCAAAAGGAUGAAUUUUGAAUACUACCUUGUACAAUAUGCAGAGUUAACUCAAAAUGGAUCAAAGAUCUGGUUGCAAACUAUAAAUUCUUAGAAGAAAACAUGGGCAUAAAUCUCUGCAACUUUGGAUUAAGCAAUAAUUUCUUAGGUAAGACACCGAAAGCUUAGACACCAAAACUAAAUACAUGGUACUUCAUCAAAACUAACAACUUUUGUGUUUCAGAGGAUACUGUCAGAAUGAAGAGACAGCCAUUAAAGAGUAGAAAAUAUUUUUAAAUGAUGAAUGUGAUAAUGGACUCUUGAAUAGAGACACAUGUCUAAAAAGCUCUUAAAACACAAUAAAAGACAAAAGUGAGUAAAAUAUCUGAGUAAACAUUUCUCCAGAGAAGAUGUACAAAGGGCCAAUAAACACAUGAAAAAAAUUCAUUAUUUAUCAGAAAAAUACAAAUCAAAAUCACAAUGAGAUACUACUUUACACCCAAUAGGACAGCCAGACAGAGUCAUAAAGACAAGUGUUGGUGAGGGUCUGGAGAAAUUUGCAUUCCUACCAGAAAUAACCUACUGAUUGGAAUGUAAAAUGGGGCACCCAUUUUGGAAAUAGGUGGUUCCUCCACUAGUUAAACAUAGUUACCAUAUGAUCCAGCAGAUCCACUCCCAAAAAUAUACCCAAGAGAAAUGAAGACAUAUAUCCAUCCAAAAACUUUACACAAAUAUUCAUAACCCCGAAGUGGAAACAAUCCAAAUGUCCAUCAACUGGUGAAUGAAUAAGCAAAAUGUGAUAUAUCAAUACAAUGGAAUAUUGGCAAUAAAAAGAAAAAGAAGUCCUGAUAACCUGUUACAAUAUGAUGAACCUUGAAAGCAUGCUAAGUGAGAGGCCAGUUGGAAAAUAUUACAUAUAUGAUUCAAUUUAUGUAAAAAGUUCCAAAUAAGUAAAUUUAUAUAGAAGCAGGAAGUAGACUCAGGGUUGGAGGAGGGGAGGUUGAGGAGGGAGAAGGGAAAAUGACUGCUAAUGGGAUGGUUUUUUGGGGGGAGUGGGUGGAUGAGGAAAAUGUUCUCAAGUUGAUUUUGUUGAUGGUUGCAGAACUGCAAUUUACUAAAACUGUUGAAUUGUGCAAUUUAAAUAGAUAAAUUCUAUGGUAUGUGAACUAUAUCACAAUAAAACUUUUAAAAAUAAAAAAAAAUUACAGAGAAUUUUAUCUGUCCAAACCCCUUAGUAUCUAAAAUGUUUAUACUCCCUCUUCUCCCACAUAUGCAGUGCUAUUACUAUUUUAUUGUUUUACAGAAAACAAGUCCAGAGUAGUGAAGAGAUUUUUCCAAGACUGGCUCUGAAACUUUGGUUUAUUAGUCUAGCAUUUAUUACAUUAUGCCAUAUUUUAAAGAUUUUAUUUAUUUAUUUGGCAGACAGAGAUCACAAGCAGGCAGAGAGAGAGGAGGAGGGAGCAGCUCCCCACGGAGCAGAGAGCCAGAUGUGGGGCUUGAUCCCAGGACCCUGGGAUCAUGACCUGAGCUGAAGGCAGAGGCUUUAACCCACUGAGCCACCCAGGUGCCCCCAGCGUUAUGCCAUAUUGUAUAAUUAGAUUUAAAUUUGAAAUAUUUUGGAAUUUUUUUGAUCUUUCUGAAGUUAUAAUUUUGGUUUUUCAACAUUUCACUAAAAACAAAACGCUUUGAAUCAAGUUGAACUUUUAGAAAAGUGUCAUGUUUGUAGAACACUUAUUAUAUAUAAAUUUCUAGGCAACGGGAACCCUAAAUAAAUGUAAUCAGUCCUCUCAAGGAUCCCACUUACCCUAAUUAAAUGAUACAUCUAUCUCACAUAUAUUUGAUAUGUUUAAAUCAGUGGUUAUUCUUAAGUUACUUAUUUUUUAAGGUAGGAUUUUCGUGUAGUUAAUAAAAAAGGUAAACUAGUAACAUAGAGAAUGAAAAAGUCAAUGUCCUUUCUAUUUCUAAUGACCAAGCACAAUUCUUGCAUCUAGAGGCAAGCACAGUGUCUAAUUUCCUGUAGAUCCUUCCAGAGGUGUUCUGUACCAAAAUAUUAAUGUAUUUUAGAAAUUACUCCAUAUCAAUAAAUACGGUCUGUUUUACUCUUUAA